AUGAUGACGUGCCGUCUGCUGUGCGCCCUGCUGGUGCUAGCCCUGUGCUGCUGCCCGUCCGUGUGCGUGACAGCGACUGGUGGAGAUCAAGAUAAGCGUGGCCCCAAUUCAUCGCCUGCUUUGCCACCGGGAACAAGUGGUGCAGGGCCAAAAAAUACUUCCACGGCGCCAAGUUCAACACGUCUGGAAGUUGCGUUACGGGAACCCGAAAAUCAGGACACUCAGCAACCCGCUCCGGCAGGGAAUGCAGAUGCAGAAAGACCGGAGCCUAUUCCAAAAGAAGAACAAGGUCCGGGCACCGAUGCGUCAGGGUCGUCAGGUGGGUCCGCUAACCCAGCAGCAGCAUCAAGUUCCGUGACAGCUUCUGUAUUGGCACAAAUUCAGAAGGAAAAUGCGCCAACUACGACAACGACAACUACGACAAAAGCACCAACUACCACCACCACUACGACUACAGAGGCGCCAACUACAACGACAACCACUCGCGCACCGUCACUUCUUCGCGAAAGCGACGGCAGCCUCAGCAGCUCUGCGUGGGUGUGUGCCCCGCUGCUGCUCGCCGUAUCCGCGCUGGCGUACACCACUCUGGGCUGA